GAACCAAAGCCCGGGAGCGACGCCGCCGGAAGGGGAGGGGCGCAAGGCCUGGUUUCCUGGCGACGCGGUCCUGCUGGCGGCUACUUCUCUGGCUGUUUGACUUUUUGUCUACGUGACUCGUGAGCUGGGCAGUCAUGCUUUGGCCGCUUUUGGCCCCCAAGCUGGUUCCCGUCGUAACAAGCGCCCGUGGCCUCUCAGGAUAUAUGUCAUAUUCCCAGAGAAGGUACUCACUCCAACUGGUCCCAGAGAGGAAGAUUCCACACCGAUACUUAGGCCAACCUAGUCCCUUUACACAUCCACACCUCCUCAAACCAGGGGAGGUGACACCAGGACUAUCUCAAGUAGAAUAUGCACUUCGCAGGCACAAACUGAUGUCUUUGAUCCACAAAGAAACACAUGGACAGAGUGGGACAGACCAGGCUGUUGUCGUGCUUUCCAACCCUACAUAUUAUAUGAGCAAUGAUAUCCCCUACACUUUCCACCAAGACAACAAUUUCCUGUACCUGUGUGGAUUCCAAGAGCCCGAUAGCAUUCUGGUCCUUCAAAGCCUCCCGGACAAGCAGUUUCCAGCACAUAAGACCAUGCUUUUUGUACCUCGGAGAGACCCCAGUCGAGAACUCUGGGAUGGCCCACGAUCUGGCACUGAUGGAGCAAUAGCUCUAACUGGAGUGGAUGAAGCCUAUACACUAGAAGAAUUUCAGCAUCUAGUGCCCAGACUGAAAGCUGAGACGACCAUGCUUUGGUACGACUGGGUGAGGCCCUCUCAUGGGCAGCUUCAUUCUGAGUACAUGCAGCCUCUGACUGAGGCUAAAGCCAGGAGCAAGAACAAAGUUCGGGGUGUUCAACAGCUGGUACAGCGCCUCCGGCUGAUCAAAUCUCCUGCAGAAAUUGAGCGAAUGCAGAUUGCUGGGAAGCUGACAUCACAGGCUUUCAUAGAGACCAUGUUUGCUAGUAAAGCCCCUGUGGAGGAAGCCUUUCUUUAUGCUAAGUUUGAAUUUGAAGCUCGUGGUGCAGAUAUCUUAGCCUACCCACCUGUGGUUGCUGGUGGUAAUCGAUCAAACACUUUGCACUAUGUGAAGAAUAACCAACUCAUCAAGGAUGGUGAGAUGGUGCUGCUGGACGGGGGUUGUGAGUCUUCCUGUUAUGUGAGUGAUAUCACCCGUACCUGGCCUGUCAAUGGCAGGUUCAGUGCACCUCAGGCAGAACUCUAUGAAGCUGUUCUAGAGAUCCAGAGAGAUUGCCUGACCCUUUGCUCCCCUGGGACAAGCCUAGAGAACAUCUACAGCAUGAUGCUGACACUGACAGGGCAGAAACUUAAAGAGCUGGGGAUCAUAAAGAACACGAAGGAGAAUCAUGCCUUCAAGGCUGCUCGGAAAUACUGCCCUCAUCAUGUAGGCCAUUACCUGGGGAUGGAUGUCCAUGAUACUCCAGACAUGCCCCGCUCUCUUCCUCUGCAACCCGGCAUGGUGAUCACGAUUGAGCCAGGCAUUUAUAUUCCAGAAGAUGACAAAGAUGCCCCAGAGAAGUUCCGGGGUCUUGGAGUACGAAUUGAAGAUGAUGUAGUGGUGACUCAGGACUCGCCUCUCAUACUUUCUGCAGAUUGUCCCAAAGAGUUGAAUGACAUUGAACAGAUUUGCAGCAAGGCCUCUUGACCCUCCACAGCCCACACACAUCUCAGGUUCAGGUGGGAUGGACAUUGCCAUCCCUGCACGCAUACUUUGUGAGUGUCUCUGUGCAUUUGCACAUGUGUUCCAGUUGGGAGUGCAGCCACAGUCUGAAUCUAUGUAAUUGCGUAUAUGGGGUUUUUUGUUUUGUUUUGUUAUGCUUUUUUGCUUUAAGUAUUAUAGAUAGAAACCUAGAAAGAGGAAUUUUUGAAUGGUAUGUUACUGUUGCUCUAGUAACAUUAAUUCUUCAGAAUUAAUGACCUGAGACAGUUUAAAUUUUAAACAUAAGAGAAAAGCCUCGGUUACAUAUGUCCAUGCAUCUUAACACAUUGAAACAUGUGAAUGUUCUUCUCCUGGUCAGACCCUUCCCUUUCUGUGCUUUUGCUGAGAUUCACCUGAUGUCUAAAGAUCUUUUUGUGAUGCCUGUAUUUUAAGCUAAUUGCCAAGAUCUCUGCCUCUGCAGAGCCACCUGUCAAUGAUUGUGGGUAGCCAGAAGGUACCUUUUAUUACUCAUCUCUACCAGUUCCAGAUCUUGUGUGCCACAAGAGCCCUCGGGAGUACUGAUGUCCCUCAGUCCUAACAUCCAGCCACAGUCCAGAGUCCAGCAACAUGGGCGGUCAAACAAAGCAGUUUGAGUCUUUCUUACUAUUUGGUCACUUGGGGCCGAGAAAGUGUGUAGAUUCUUGAUAAGGGGAGAAAUGGAAGAGAAAGAAAAUUAUAAAUGUGUCUGCUGUAGAUCCAGCCCUCUACCAUCUGUUCUCUCCAGUGUAAAGAUGAUUCUUUUCCCAGACCUCCUGCUUCCUUCUAAGUUCUCACUGCACUAACCCUCAUAGGUCAACCUUGCUGCUGCUGCAUGGGCCACGGGAAGAUCCUACCCAGAGGAGUGAAACCUGACUUUCAGAGAGCUACACCUGUUACUCUGAUUUUUCUCUAGUGCUGAUUAGAGCAAAGUAUGGAAUUGACCAAGAGCCUAUAAACAUCCUUUGGUCCUUACUUCUCUAAUGUUAGCCCUGGAAAGGCAGUAAUGAAGAUGGUGUUUCUCUAAAUGCAGCAUUAGAUGUGGUUCAGUGAUUUAGUUGCAGGAUAGAGUAGAGACUGCAGAUGCUUUACUCAGGAGCUUCUGUGACAGAAGCUUUCAGAACCACUGUGUUCACAGGGAUACGGUCCAAAAUGUUAUAAAAUAUGCUGGUUCUUAGAGCAUAAAUUUGAGGGGGUUUUUUUGGAGGAAGGGCUUGGAUUUUUGGUUUUGGCUUUGUUUUGUUGUUUUAACUAGGGAAGCACUGUCCAGGGGGGUUAAUGAUCUCUGUAGUAUCAGAAGUUUGCCCACAUUAUCAGGAAAACCCAAGGUACAGAACCACAAGCAGACAGGUAGUGACUUCAUUAAGAGAUAAAGAUAAUAUUAAUAACCAAUGGUGCUCAUCUAGGAAUGCUUAGCUCUGCUCACUUUAUUGAAGCAGCUGUGGGAAUGAAGGCUGCAACACUGGACUCUGCAUCCCUAUUCUUGCUCAGUUCUGAGCUACUUUCUAGAAGAAAGGGAGAGAAGUAAAUCCACAACUCUGACUUCUUGCUUCAUAAGCCUCUGUGACCCCCACAGCUCUUUCCUUGGAUUGGGUUUUCUUUGUCCAGGUUUCAAUCCUGAAAUAAGGCAUUUCCUUUUCUUCCUGUAAGUCAUUUUCUUUGGUUCUCAACUUUCUAAUUAAUAGCCUAAGUGGCGUUUAUGUGUGGCAGCAUAGCUGGAUAUGAAACAGACUUCUGAUUCGAUUCCAGUCAAAUGCCGAUAGAUAGAAUGGCUGCUGUGAAUUUCUUCAGGUGAGAAAUUUUAGUCAUGGACCCAGCCAGGUUUGUUGUCCUUUGAGUCCAGAUUAACCAUAGCAAUUGAAUCACACUUAUUAGAACCACCAAGAAAACACAAUGAACAUUUCAUAGCAAUGUUGUAGGGUCUGUCUGAUGUAUUAAGGAUACACUGAGCAGGUAAUUACACACCAUCCAGCUACUUCCUUUAUUCUUAGCUCUGCCACAGACAUUAGCCCUCAUUUCCCUCCAGCUCUAAGUAUAGCAAAUACUUCUUAAAUACACUCGUCUUCCCUACCAAAAUCUUUCAUUUAAAAAACAAAACGAAAAACUUUUCCAAGUGUUACCACUGGAUUUUUUCCUCAAAUUGAAGAGAUACGGUUGGAUCAUUAGUGAUGCCCUCUAAAUGUAAGAAGCCUAUCUGGACAGCCAUUGUCACAUUUAUAUAUUUAUUUCAAGCAUUGCUAUUUUUAGAACUAGCAGUUGGCAUAAUGGUUAUGUUGCUGGACUCCCAUG